AUGGACGAUUUGAUCGGCACUGAGAGCGGUGUUUGUUUAACUUCAAAUUCUGAAGAAAUGGAAACUCACUCCGAUUUCGAUUGUCCUUAUUAUCGCACUGAUCGACACCAUUUCAUUUUGCAAAAUCAACGAUGUGUGUUGAAAAAACAAUUUCCACCCCCGAUUCCUUUUAUCGCAACACAGGCCGCAGGGAAUCGACCUCGGUCGCCAUGGGUCUUAACGAGAUAUUAUUCAAAUAGAAGAUUGAUUUUGAAACUGGAGAGAGUCACGCAACAUCAGUCCUUAGAAUCGCGCCGAGAAAAUGGCCGUUUGAUUCUGAAUCUCGUGCCGAUCGACGAACGUGAUCAGGAUCAUUUUCAGCACUUAAUCGAAGAGAAGGAAGGAAAUGAGGAGAUCGUCGAAUCGAUUGAUUGUGAUGGAGGAGAAGAUGAAGGUACAGACUCUGAAAUUUCUAUCAGGAGUUAUACGUACGGCGGAGAAGGUGGUGGCGGUGGCGGAGGAAUGACGUUUUGUGGUGCGAAUGGUAAUUUUGAAGAACGACAUGUCGUUCAUGGACAUUUCGGUUCGGCGCCUCUUCGUCCGAUGGGUACAGUUAUGUGA